AAAUAGGACAGUCACAUCACUACUACUAAAGCAAUUUGCAUUCUGUGGACCAGCCCCAAAAUACCUCCUGGCUUCUACUGCCCUUCGGGCAUUGCAUUUCUGGAGGCUUUUGGACCGUGCUCAUACUUGGCGGUCUGGUCUCACCAAAAACUCUACUCAAAACAGGAAGCAGGAAGAAGAAGAUCUUUGUUUGCAGAAGAGUAGUCGUGCUACAAGCAAAUCUAAUCAUUCGGGAACUGUGAAGCUUCUAGAUUUCACUUGGUUGCUGAAGGGAGGGGCAGACAAGGCCGUUCUGCUUUCCGCACCAUGGAUAAUCUGUUGCCUCAGUCUAGAUUCACUUAUUUCAAAAAAUAUCCUCUCCAUGCUAUUAGGAAAUAUUUAUCGAUGCUGAGAAGCCAAAGAGCCGAAGAACAGGUUGCACGUUUUCAAAAAAUACCUAAUGGUGAAAAUGAGACAAUGAUUCCUGUAUUGACAUCAAAGAAAGCAAGCGAAUUACCAGUCAGUGAAGUUGCCAGCAUCCUCCAAGCUGAUCUUCAGAAUGGUCUGAACAAAAGUGAGGUCAGCCACAGGCGAGCCUUCCAUGGCUGGAAUGAGUUUGAUAUCAGCGAGGGUGAGCCACUAUGGAAGAAGUACAUUUCUCAGUUUAAAAAUCCCCUUAUCAUGCUACUUCUGGCUUCUGCAGUCAUCAGUGUUUUAAUGCAUCAAUUUGAUGAUGCUGUCAGCAUUACUGUGGCAAUACUCAUUGUCGUUACAGUUGCCUUUGUUCAGGAAUAUCGUUCAGAAAAAUCUCUUGAAGAAUUGAGUAAACUUGUACCACCAGAAUGCCAUUGUGUGCGUGAAGGAAAGUUGGAACAUACGCUUGCACGAGACUUGGUUCCAGGUGACACAGUUUACCUUUCUGUUGGGGACAGAGUUCCUGCUGACUUACGUUUGUUUGAAGCUGUGGAUCUUUCCGUUGAUGAGUCCAGCUUGACAGGAGAGACAACGCCUUGUUCGAAGGUGACCGCUCCUCAGCCUGCCGCAACUAAUGGAGCUCUUGCAUCAAGAAGUAACAUUGCCUUCAUGGGGACCCUGGUCAGAUGCGGCAAAGCAAAGGGUAUUGUCAUUGGAACAGGAGAAAAUUCUGAAUUUGGGGAAGUCUUUAAAAUGAUGCAAGCAGAAGAAGCACCGAAAACCCCGCUGCAGAAGAGCAUGGACCUCUUGGGAAAACAACUUUCCUUUUACUCCUUUGGUAUAAUAGGUAUCAUCAUGUUGGUUGGCUGGUUAUUAGGAAAAGAUAUCCUGGAAAUGUUCACCAUUAGUGUAAGCUUGGCUGUAGCAGCAAUUCCUGAAGGGCUUCCCAUUGUGGUCACAGUGACUCUAGCCCUUGGUGUUAUGAGAAUGGUGAAGAAAAGGGCCAUUGUGAAAAAACUGCCUAUAGUUGAAACUCUGGGCUGCUGUAAUGUGAUUUGCUCAGAUAAAACUGGAACACUUACGAAGAAUGAGAUGACUGUCACCCACAUAUUUACAUCAGAUGGUCAGCAUGCUGAGGUUACUGGAGUUGGCUAUAACCCAUUUGGGGAAGUGAUGGUUGAUGGCGAUGUUGUUCAUGGAUUUUAUAACCCAGCUGUUAGCAGAAUUGUCGAGGCGGGCUGUGUAUGCAAUGAUGCUGUAAUUAGAAAUAAUACGCUAAUGGGGAAGCCAACGGAAGGAGCCUUAAUUGCUCUUGCAAUGAAGAUGGGUCUUGAUGGACUUCAACAGGACUAUAUCAGAAAAGCUGAAUAUCCUUUUAGCUCUGAGCAAAAGUGGAUGGCUGUUAAGUGUGUACACCGAACACAGCAGGACAGACCAGAGAUCUGUUUUAUGAAGGGUGCUUACGAACAGGUGAUUAAGUAUUGCACAACAUACCAAAGUAAAGGGCAGACCCUGGCCCUCACCCAGCAGCAGAGAGAUCUGUACCAGCAGGAGAAGGCGCGGAUGGGCUCAGCAGGACUGAGAGUUCUUGCUCUGGCUUCUGGUCCUGAACUUGGACAGCUGACAUUUCUUGGCUUGGUGGGAAUGAUCGAUCCUCCAAGAACUGGUGUGAAAGAAGCGGUUACAACACUCAUUGCUUCAGGCGUAUCCAUAAAAAUGAUUACUGGGGACUCACAGGAGACUGCAGUUGCAAUUGCUAGUCGUCUGGGAUUGUAUUCCAAAACUUCACAGUCAGUCUCAGGAGAAGAGAUAGAUGCGAUGGAUGUCCAGCAGCUUUCACAAAUAGUACCAAAGGUUGCGGUAUUUUACAGAGCUAGUCCAAGGCACAAGAUGAAAAUUAUUAAGUCUCUGCAGAAGACGGGAUCAGUUGUAGCCAUGACAGGGGAUGGAGUGAAUGAUGCAGUUGCUCUGAAGGCAGCAGACAUUGGAGUCGCAAUGGGCCAGACUGGCACAGAUGUUUGCAAAGAGGCAGCAGACAUGAUCCUGGUAGAUGAUGAUUUCCAGACCAUAAUGUCUGCAAUUGAAGAGGGUAAAGGCAUUUAUAAUAACAUUAAAAAUUUUGUUAGAUUUCAACUAAGCACGAGUAUAGCAGCAUUAACUCUAAUCUCAUUGGCUACAUUAAUGAACUUUCCUAAUCCUCUCAAUGCCAUGCAGAUUUUGUGGAUCAAUAUUAUUAUGGAUGGACCUCCAGCUCAAAGCCUUGGAGUAGAACCAGUGGAUAAAGAUGUCAUUCGUAAACCUCCACGCAACUGGAAGGACAGCAUUUUGACCAAAAACCUGAUACUUAAAAUACUCGUUUCAUCAAUAAUCAUUGUUUGUGGGACUUUGUUUGUCUUCUGGCGGGAGCUACGAGACAAUGUGAUAACACCUCGAGACACUACAAUGACCUUCACAUGCUUCGUGUUUUUCGACAUGUUCAAUGCACUAAGUUCCAGAUCCCAGACCAAGUCUGUGUUUGAGAUUGGACUCUGCAGUAAUAAAAUGUUUUGUUACGCGGUUCUUGGAUCCAUCAUGGGACAGUUAUUAGUCAUUUACUUUCCUCCACUUCAGAAAGUUUUUCAGACGGAGAGCCUAAGUAUACUGGAUCUGCUGUUUCUUUUGGGUCUCACUUCUUCGGUGUGCGUGGUGUCAGAAAUUAUAAAGAAGGUAGAAAGGAGCAGGGAAAAGAUCCAGAAGCAUGUUAGUUCGACAUCGUCGUCUUUUCUUGAAGGUAAUAUACUUAAAGAAUAAAAUUCCCAGCAAGCAGAUGGUUUAUGAACCAGGUGUAUAUGGAAGAGUCUGUGCUGGCCUUGCUCGUCGUGUGUCUGGGGCUGCUUCGGAUGGCAGCACAGCCCCGAGUCCCUCCUCUCUUACCUGCACCACGUGUUCUCUGCCUUCUUUCUGUUACACUGCUAGAGAAAUAAAUGGACUUGUUCUGUGUAAUGCCAUCAUUUUUAUAAUAAUAUGAGGAGGUGUAGGUAAUCUCUUUUGAAUAUAUGACAGAUUUGGACUAGAAAUUCAAAGUUAGAAAUCCAUUUUCCUGUUGAAAUAGAAACAGGUCUCAAUUUUUUUUAAACAGGUUUAAAUUUUGUUGAAGUGAAUGGGGUUUGUAUUUUAUAAUUUGCCAUUUUUAAAAAACUCAGGAUAAACUACUCUCCAGUUUUUAUCAAUAUUAACCUACCAGUACAAGGACUAAAAUGUUGUUUUUUAUAACAGGGAAAAUAUUUGUUGAGCCCUUGUUACUGAAACAGUCAAGUAUGAGGAGCUGACAUGUCUGUAGAGUAUUCGACUUGACUCUGUGAGGCUGACUAGUCAGAUGGACUUUGUUCCAUGUCAUCAGAUGGAACAUGAUACAAAGUCAUUUUAGUGCCUGUCUCAUUCCUAUAUUUUGUCAUUUUUCUUCUCUGUUACAGAUACUUGAAAUGCGUUUAAAUGCAUGUCAGUCUUCUGGUUUGCAUUUUAGUUUCAGAGUAUGAUUCCUAUGAAAUAAAUGUGCCUGUCCUUUCCUUCAGUAUCUGAACCAAAAAAAAAAAAAAAAAUUAUUUUAAUAUGUUACUGACCAUCCAGUUAGGACUGUUAACAUUAAAAUUAUCCACAUGUAUUAAAUGAGACAGUACUCAGGGUACACAGAAUGUUUGGUUUAAAAAUAA